AUGUAGGAAGAAGAAAUUAUUAUGACAAAACACGUAAGCUCAAAAGGCAGAGUGUUUUUUGAUAAUCAGAACAUGGUUAAACAGCGUCUAUAUUUUUUGAUUAUCCAGUACUUAUAGCAAGACGAAUAUUUUGAUAGAAGGCUACUAGAGCAGAUUAAAGGCUACGCUGAAGCAAAUCAUUUAUUGGGCUAGCUACUGGCAUUUGAUGGAAGCCACGUAGAUGCAACAUUUGAUGAGUUAAAUUUCUAAUAAAAAGGAAGUAGUUGUCAUUCUGCACUCUUUUCAAAGGAUGAAAAUCUUAAUACAAUCUUAUCUAUUUAUUAGCGCUUUAGUGCAUAGCGCGUAAAAAACUAAAAUAAAGGUAUACAGAAUUUGUUUAUUUAAAAGAUGACCAAGCUUUCUUAAAUGCUCAAUGAGCCUGCAAUGUAUAUUUAACCAGCUAGAGACUUGUUUAUUAAGAAAAAGAGAUAAGGUAAGAGCCUUAAAAAUACUGAUGAGUUAUCCAACGAUACAUUUAUCUUGAGGUUUUAGCAUUUAAAAACAUGUUUUGGUCAUGCAUAUUCUGCUGACUCAGGCUCUAUAAAUGAGGAGAGUGGUGAACCUUACAUUCCAAUAUACAAUACAACAUUCGAUAAGAGCGGACGCCUAGUUAUAACUGCAGACGAAGAAGGAUUAAUUAAGAUUUGGAGUGCUGAGAACGGAUUACUUUUGUCAAAUUUAAAAGGUCAUACUAGCGGAAUUUUGAGCAACGAUAUAUCUCCUUGCAAUAAGUAUUUAGUAACUUGCUCUAUAGAUUUAACAGCAAGAGUUUGGGAUAUCUUUAAUUAAAGGUGUCUUACUUGUUUUAAAUCAAAAGAAUAAUUAAAUGCUGUUGUUUUCUAUAAAUAUCAAAAUGAAUUUACUGAAUAACUCUACCUAUUGAUGAUGAGCAAUGUUGGAAAUAUUCUUAUAUACAAAGAAGAUUAAUUCAAAGAAAAUGGAGGUGGUAUAAAUUAAAAUUUGCAGCCAGUUAUCACUCUCGCAAUGAGAAAGCACAAAAAAAUGCAAGAAUCUAAGAUAGUUGAUAACGAUAAUAAGAAUGAAGCUGUUUGCAUAGAGACUCACCCAUCUGGUUACUUAGUUGUCGGCACUGAAACAGGAGAAAUUUUAGUUUGGGAAAAGAUACACACCCUCGAAAAUAGAAAUCGCUAAGUUCUUCCAUUCAUAGAAAAGAAAGAACAUUCUAAGAAUUGCUAGCUGAUAAAAUUCUCACCCAACGGAGAGUUCAUGAUCACUGCUUCUUUCGAUGGAUAUGCAAAAAUAUGGCCUUGGAAAAAGCUGAUAGAAAACGAUAAAAGACUCAGUGAUUAAAUCUUCUCAAUUUAUUUUGACAACUCCAACAAGUGCGAAAAAAACUGCUGGAAUGUAGCAUUCAGUUGCAAGAAUAGAUAUGCAUUCGCUACCUUUACCAGAAAAAUGAAGAGGACAAAAGAAGUAGAAACAGUUGUUUAUGUACAUGAACUAGCUGAAAAGAAAAUCAAGCAUGAGUUUACUCAACAAAAUACACCCGCAAGACUUUAAGAUCAUAUUUUAGUUUUUGAACCCCAUCCAACAUAAGAAAAUAUCCUCUUAACAGCAGAUUACGCAGGUCAAAUUAUCAUCUAUGAUGUCUCUUUAGGAUGUAUUUUGAAUAUAUUCUAAGAAAGGGGAUACCAUAUUGGAUAUCCUAAUCUUGAAGUACCCGUUUUAGAUGGUUGUUGGGCACCAGAUGGAUUAAAAUUCGUCGCAAGUACUUACUAUGGCUCUUUUAGCUUGUAUGGAUAUGAUUGCGCAGAAAUAUAUAAGACUACUCCUACAGAAUAAUUCUUUGCUAAUGACACAGAGAUAUUUAUAUAUAGUGAUAAUCAUGUACCACUGUCUACAGAUGAUGAUGUAGAAAUUAAUACUAAAAGUAGAGGAAAAAUUUGUGAUUAUUAGAGAAUCCCAUAUAGAUUUGAAUAUAAUAAUGAUCUCAAAAAAUUAAAAGAUAGAGGCUAUUUUGAAGAAACAUCAGAAAUGGCUUUAAAGUUGAUAGAAGAUAAAAUAUCUGAAUUAAAAAUAUUAGAAAAUGAAUAAAAAGAAAAAGAUGAAAACUUUUCAGAAAAUUUAGUUGAAAAAUAUUUAAAAAACUAAGAAAAAGAGAAACAUGCUUAUUUUGCUUUAUGUAAUUAAUUGAGAGACUCCUAUAACAAUGCAAAUGCAACUAUGGAAGGAAGCAUGAGAGUUGAUUAUAAUGAAAGAAUGGAAAUUCUGAAAAAAAUGUCAAAAGAAAUGCAAAAAAGACACUCUUUAGAUAUUAAGAAAACUGAAACUAAAACUGAUGAAGAUUUGUUUUAAUAAGUUAUUUAGCAAUCGCAACCUAGAAUUCUACAAGAAAGAUAAAUUUCUGAUCCUGCUCCUGCUCCUCUUCUUAGAUAAGAAAGUGAAUAGGCUACUCUUAUAUAGUAAAGAAAUAAUAAUAGAAGAAGAGUCAUAGACGAUGAAGACUUGGAUCAAGGACGCUCAAAUACAAUACCAUUUGGGAAUUAAUAACUAAGUAGAAGGCCUAGCUAAAUGCCUUAACCAGCUGCUUUAAAUAAUUAAAAUUCAAGAACUGGAUAGCGCGGAAGAGGAAGAAGACCAGGUGGUAGAUAGAGUAAUACUAAUUAGGUUGGAUUCAAUGAUGACUUUGAAGACUCUAUGCAAUCUGAGGAAGAGAUACCGAGUUAAGAUGAUAGUGAGGUAAAUUUCAAAGACAUAAAUGAAGAUGAUGAUGAAAUUUAAAAAGAUUUACUUGAAGAAAUGGAGAUGUUUGAUGAUCCUUUGCCUAGAAGAACUGGGGGAGGGUUCGAAAGUAAUGACAGAAGAAACUAAUCUAAUAAUAGAAAUAGAUCAAGAGGAGGAAGGAGAAUCGUGGCUGAUGACUAUUUAGAUGAAGAGGAAGAAGAGAAAAAGGAUUCUUCAAAUUAGAGAAGAACACGCUUGAAAAGAUUUUCUAAUACGACUUCAAAUGAAACAAGAGCACAAACCAUAAGCCAGUAAUAAACAGAAGGAUAGCAGCGCUAAGGUACAUUAAGAUAUAAUAGGAAUACGAGAAGUAGUUAUAGUAUGUAGUAUACUACUGGAGAAGAUGCUACUCUCUAAUCUAAUGCAGGAUAUAAUAGCAGCUAAGAUUAUGAAGGUAACACAAACACAAGAUUGAGAAGGAGAAAUCAACACAUCAUCGAAGAGGACAAUGAUGAUUUAUACUUAGACAAUAAUACUAAUAGCAAUAACCAUCAUUCUUUGAGAUAGAAUAACUCUUCUCAUUUAUAAUAAUCUCAUAAUUUGGCUGAAACAAGAGCUAAUGCACAUCAAACUAGAAGCUCAACUGCGACAUAUUAAGAUUCACAAAAUAAUACAAAGACUCUCAGAGCUUCAUCAAGAAAUAAAAAGAGCAAGAAAAAUAGAUAAUAUAAUGACGGCUUUAACAGCAACGAUAGUGAGUCUGAAGAUAGGUUUUCAGAUGAAAUCAUGGAAGAAGAUGACGAUGAAGUUGAUAUUAAUUAUGAGGACGAGGAUGAUUAUGAAUAUAAGUUGAGGAAACCAAAAAAAUCAGUAGGCGGUGCUUAAUCUUUAUCAUAAAAUAACUAAAAUUCAAGAUAGAGUGGUCGUUCGCUUCGUACUUCAUACACAAACAGAAAAAAAAUUUAAGAUUCUGAUGAAGAAGAAGAUGAAUUACCAAAGUAAAAAAACAGAAGCAGUAAAAAGAAUGGUAUUGUUAAUGACGAGGAUGAUAACCAAGUUUAAAAUGAGCAUAAAAACAUAGAGAAGCAUAAAAUCUAUGAUAAUGAUGAAGAUGAAGAAAUAGAUGACUUUGAUGAAGAGGACGAAGAAUACACUGACAAGAAGAAGAAAAAUUACUUGAAAAAAAGAACUUCAUCAGAAGCUGGUAUUAAGAAAAGUGGUUAAAGUAGUAAUAAAUUAGUUAAAAAAAUAAAAACUAACGACUCUGAUGCGCUUAAUGAAGAUAUGGCAUCAAUGCCUGAAGAUAAAAAAUCUCUUUGCUAAAGAUGUGAGCAAAUUAUUGAGGGAGAAGCAAAAUCUUGCAAUAUUUGCAAACAUGCUUACCAUGAUGAGUAUUGCAGUAAAUAUAGAGGAUGUUUGAAAGAUAAAAAGUACUUUUGUUUUGACUGUUAUGCUAAUAAUAACACAGUACGUAUACAGAAAGACGAAUAAGAUAAAAGAACUUUCAGCAGAGAGUACCUAGAAAGAGAAACAAACGAUCCUUACCAAUAUAUUCCAUAAAUAAAUGACAUGUGUUAUUACAUCUUCUAGGCUCAUGAAGAGUACUGUGAAAAAUAUUUCGAAAUCUUUGAUUACGAACCAUUGAUUGACAGACUAUAAAAAGAAAAUGAAAAAUCUCUUUAAAAUGGAAAUAAUAAGUCUACAAAAAAAAGUAUCCAAAGGUCCUCUAAAUUGAUAGACAGUGGUGAUGAAUUUCAAGGAGAUGAGCAUUCUUCUAACUUUUAAAAGAAAGGUUAGACAUCUUAAGCUUAAGAUUAUCAUAUUCUACCAUUUUUAAGUUACAAAGAGCUCUAUAAGCCAACCUUAUGUCAAAUAAGCUCUAUCGAAUACUCCUAUCCUAUGUUAAGCACAAAAAAGAUGCAAGAAAAAUAUAGAGAAAGACCUAUAUUCUUACUUAUUCAGCUCAAAAUUUUAGAAACAGGAGAAGAAUUCUCAGUUUAUUUUUCAAAUUCUUAAGUUUAAUGUGGAAGUUUCUUGAUUCCUUAGGAAUUAUAUGAUUAGUCAAUUUGCUUCUAAGAAAACCUUAAGGUACCUCAGUAAUUAGAAUUCUUUUACCAUAAUUAAGUAUUCAGCGGUUAAGUGGUUGAAGUGUCACCAAAAGAAGAAUAUUAAAAGUUGAAUUCUGAGUACUUGAAGCUUAAAGUCAAAUUAGAUACAACAGAUGAAAAAAUUAUACAAAAGUUAAAAUAAAAUUUAGAAGGGCCUAAUAUGAUUAGAAUCUCUUGCUGGGAUGUCAUAUAUCCAAUCAGAAGAACAUCCUCUCCUGAUGACUAUCCAAACGAUGACGCAUGUCUUUCUAAGGAAGAAACAGAAUAAAUUUUUAAGCUAAUUUAAGCAGUAAUUGAUAAUCAAAGUGAAAUAACUUGCUAUUUUGAAGAAGCUGUCAACUUAAAGAAAUAUAAACAUUAUUAUGAAUUUGUUGAAUUCCCAAUGGAUAUUUCAAAAAUUAGAAGAAGACUAUUAAACGGAUACUAUCGUUCUCAACAAAGCAUAUUUCAUGAUAUAAACUUGAUAGAUUCGAAUGCUCAUAAAUUUAAUAAUCCUGAUAGUCCUAUCUGUGAGAGUUCGAAGAGAGUUAAAGAAAUAUUAACUUCGAUUGUAAGCAAUUUCCUAAACGUAGAAAUGUGUUUAUCUCUAGCAAUAAAAAAUAAAAAAAAUCUAAUAAAAACUAUUUAAACUCUGUUCCCCAACUACAAUACUAACUCCAACUAAAACAAUUUAUCAAUAAAUAAUAAUAACAUUUAAAUAAAGAUUCCUUAAUAAUCUUAAUAAAGUUUAAUACCUGUACCAAUAGAAAAACCUCACGCUCUAAUUAACAAUCCUCUACUUUAGGCAGAACAAUAUUAAUAAAAAUAUCCUAACUCUCAAGUAGCAUAUAAUGCAAUCCAACAAUAAAAACCUCAACAAAAUUAUAAUUAAAUUAACAAUAAUUUUAAUCAAUAAAAUUAAUAAUACCAGUAUAAUAAUUCCGCAUAUCAAAAUAACUCUAACAGUAAUGAUACUUAUUUUAACCAACAAAAUGCUAAUUAAAAUGGUUAACCUUAUGCAGUUACUGGUUUAAUAAACGAACCUAGCAACUAAUACUUUAAUAAUCAACAGAGCUAGAUUAAUUAAGAUUUGAAUUAUAAUUCUUAGUUAUACGAACCCAUUAAUAAUGCAGAUAAUAAUUAUAGUUAAACUAAUUAUAAUUAUGAGGCAAAUUAAGGAUAUGAUAUAAACUAAAAUGUGAAUUAAGAUUACUAAUUAAACGAAUUCUAAUCUUAAAAUUUAGGAUAGCAAAAUGUUUAAUAAAAUAUUCCUAAUUUACAAUCACAGUAACAACAAAGAACUACUAGGAGUGGAAGAUUAACUAGAAAUUCCUCAAAGUUCGACUAUGAUUAAAUAGAUUAAAGAAAAAAUUGA